UGCUUUCAAAUUUUGAAAGCAGAAUGUCGCGGAUCGCCGGUACUGUAAUUCGUGUCUUUUCUGUAGAUUAGAAAAAUAAUUACAGGCUUUUUGGCUUAAGAAUAAGUCCUUUUUACUAGCUUUUUUAGCUAUUCAAGCUUUUCCGAAUAGUAAAGUUUCCUAGUUUCACAGGAUAAUAGUUGGUUUCUUGUUUAUUCCGGAAAACGAUGAGUACUUCCAUUUCUGAGCAGCACCUGGUCAAAUUGUGUUUCGUUUUAAAAGGAGGAAAACAGGUCGAAGAUGCAUCGGAGGAUAUGCAAAUGGCUUAUUCUUCUGCACGAGAUCAAGGUGUAGAAGAUUUGAUCAGCUGGUUGGAUGAAGACGAAUGUCUGCUACUGCGAGGAGAUCAACUUUCCAAAAAACACGUUUUUGUUUUUGAACAAUUCUCCGGACCGGCAUUUGAUCACAUCCGGACGCACUCGAGUGCUGUUCUGAUUGGACCGCGAUGUCUAAUCAGUUGCUUUCUAGACAACGAGGCGAUCCCUCUCGGAAAGUAUCCGGUGCUGACUACGGCAAUGAGAAAUCUAACAAUUUGUAGCUCCGGAUUGAAACCAGAGGAGAAGAACGAGAUCAGUCAAAUGGUUCAUCAUAUGGGGGGAUACCAUCUGGACAUUUUGACGGCUAGCUGCACACAUUUAGUAGCCGCGACAGUGAAAUCUAUUAAAUACGAAAAGGCGGCUGAAAUCAAGUUAAAGAUUAUGCACCCGGAAUGGGUUAAGGACGUUUGGGAGCAAAGUCAACGGAAAAUGAUCAGUGCUACGGAUUCGGUAUUUGCCAAACAUGCCCUGCCCGUGUUUUUCUCGUUGACAAUCACUUCUACGGGUUUAUCCACGCAGAAGCGAAAUCAAAUUAAGCAACUGAUCGAGGAAAAUGGCGGGAAGUAUAUUGGAGCCUUUAAAUCGGAAAUUACCGAUAUAUUGAUUUUGGAGAAGAACAGCAUUGGGUCAGCAAAAUUUCAAGGAGCUAUUCGAUGUAAGAAAGAAUGUCUUUCGCCAGGUUGGAUUGUGGACAGUGUCGAGGCUGGGUACGCCUUGCCUGUGGGAAAGUACGAGAUUCGAGGAAUCAAAUCAUCUACCCCGACGAAGGACGAUGCUGGAAUGUCGGUGGCCGGUGAAUUCAACCCAGACUGUACGCAACUUUCGAUGAUCUCGCACACGAACAGUCGUAAUUUAACCGUGAAUGAAAGUGUGAUGAGCUCGACAAUAUCUCAAGCCACUGGAAAAGGAACAGGAAGAACUUCUACGGGGGAAACAGGAGCGGUUCUAGCAAAGAACUCAAAUGUAGACCAGAAGAAACAAUAUCGCGAUAUUUUAGCAACUAUCAACGUGACUGUAGCAAAAAAGGCUGGCCCUUUCUUGGAUGGUUGCAAGAUUUACUUGAGUGGUUUUGCAUCCGAGGAUAAAGAAAAGUUAAACAAAAUUCUUAACAGUGGCGGCGCAACUCGAAUUGAUGAACUUAGUGAAAGAGUUAGUCAUAUUAUUGUAGGGGAUCAGGUUCAGGCUGACUUUCGGGAGAUCCGUGAUCAGAAGUUAACACCUCACAUUAUGACUCUGCAGUGGCUGACACGAUCAAUUGAACAAAAAGCACCGGCAUCAGAAGAUGACGAUUUGAUUUUCCGUCCUAACAUAGCGACAGAGGAAGAUAUUCCCGAACCUCCAUCACCUGCUAGCAAGAAAAACCUACAAUCGAUGAACAGCACUUUCAAGCGCCCAGAAGUACCCCGCAAGUUGAUUUUAGAUGAUCCUAAACCGGGACCCAGCAGAAUUUCCCGCUCAGAGGACGAUGUUCUGAAGCAAUACAUGCAAAAGAACACUUCUGUGCAGCUGCCACCAGCGGAACAGAAAAAAAUACAAUCGGCGAACGUGACUCCAGCUCCAGGUCCGCCGAAUGGAUCCACAACGCAGGAUUCGGAAAGCGAUUCUCAGUUUACCGAAUUCAUGUUCGGCAAGACGCUUUUUAUCUAUGGAUUCUCCGAAGAGGAUGCCACGCAAAUCGUUUCCGAUUGCGAAAAUUGUGGUGGCAUGAUAGUUGACGAACACUACGCGGACUUGGUGGAUUACAUUGUGAUACCGACGUGCAGUGUAGGAGAGAUCACGUUCAGCGUGAAGGGUCGCGAAACGGUUAACUGCAUUUGGUUGGAAACUUCGAUUCAGGACGGAAUGUGUUACCCACUGGAGUACUACUUCGAACCGAUUUUGUACAGUGAAGAUGACCCUAAACCGUUGGAAGACGAGGUGCUGGUGAUAAGUACGUAUUCCGGGGCGGAACGAAACUAUCUUAUUGCGCUGGGCGGCAUUCUGGGUGCAAAGGUGGAGGAUCGAUUAGUGCGAAAAACGGCACCAAUUGUAAUCUGUAAGGAGCCGACCGGAGCCAAAUAUGAGGCAGCUAUCAAAUGGGAUCUUACUGUGGUAAGUGCAGAUUGGCUGCGCGAGUGCUACAAGCAAAGACGCCGUGUCAAUGAGCAACCUUUUCUGGUCGGUGCUUCCACUUGCUCUCCAAAGAACAUCACCGAGCCACCUCCUCCUGUUUCAAUCAGCACCAGCCGUAUGUCUGAUUUACCGGAAUUUUCCCGGAACGCGUGCCUUCCUACGACAUCGACUGACGACGUUGAUAUAGAUUCGGUAUUUUUACCACCAGCGGUUCCUGAACCUCCUGCUGUCACCACUACGGUUGCAGAUCCGCCAAAAGAGAACCAACCUGGCAAUUACAAAUAUAUUUCUGUCGAAAAUGCAGAUAACACUUCCCAAGUGGAGUACGCAUUUAAACGUCUACCGUCACCUGAACUUAAGAAGAUCAGUUUGGAGGAACGUUUGGUAUACUCUCAAGAACUUCAAGAAUACGGAGAGCUGAUUCAAACGCAACUCAGCCAACGAAAACCAUUUGAUCCGGGUCACCCUAUUGAUACCCCACCUGCCCUGAAACAUCGCCGCCUUUCCGUCCUGACGGGAAUAAACUCGCCUGCUACUCCAACCUCGAAUAACACAAGUGCAGGCUCGUCCGAUUACGAGCAGCUUAGCGUGACUCAGCGCGUAAUGGAGUUUGAAACCCCGAUACGCGAUACGCUGUACAAAGUUUUGAAGGAAGCCGAAGAAAAAGAACGGAACCUGUCCCCACGAACCAAGAAAAUGAACGAACUUCUGGCUACGCCUAGCGUCGGCAAUCCUGGCCACGUAAAAACUCCCUCCCUUCCGGAGUGUAUGACAAAGCAAGUCACCCCUUACGGAUUUCGACCGGAUGCCGAUCAGCAAAAUCAUUUAUAUCACAAGCGCAAGCUGAAGGUUUGGGAUCAAUUCCACCAACCGAAGCAGCAGAAAGAUCGUCGAAAGCCGCUUAGCGAAAUUAAGCGACGCUACUGGAAGGACAACCUCGGAGAAGAGUAUGUGAACUAUAUGGAAUCCAAGUACUCCUCCACGCAAUUCCAACACUUACACUCGGAUGAAGCUCAGAAGCAAAGCACAGCCACCGAACCCGAUCCAUAAUGCCAGCCGAGCACUUCAAAAGCAAGCGGCAGUCGAAGCAAACAAGUGUUCAGAGCUAUCAAUGAUAGCGUCGCGGCCAACGAGAGUGCCACCGUCGGGGAAAAGCGAUCACGCGAGGAUGAUGACGAUGAUGAGGACAUAGAGGCUGUUGAGCUGGAUGAAGCGAACAAAACUGGACAGGAGGUAGUUGCAGCGGAGGGUAUCGGAGGCGAAGGUCACGCGGGAGCGUUUGGAGUUAAAUCUUCCGAAGAUGAUCAGAUUAAACAGCUGAGUGAUUUGAUUGCUAUGAAUAAAAACUCUGCUAGAAAAAUGAAAAAGUUCAAGGAAGAUACGCAGUAUACCGAACUUCCCCGUUUCGAUUCAGAAAUGGUUGACGCCCCCUACGCUCCUGCGGUCGGUUGGUGUGAUCCAACCGAGUAUGACAGGGAAAGCCGUUUCACUAGUGAGGCCGCGAGAACGGCAGCCGCCGCUAGUUCCGUUAAAACUGCCAGAACCUCCAUUGCUUCCAAGGUCAACGAGAAUCGAAUGAUCCAUAAGGGUACGCCGGUGUUCGCUCUUUCCGGAGUAACCGAUGAGUUACGGACAAGCCUCAUGCGAAAGAUCCAGCAGAUGAAUGCAGAGGUUUCGACCAAACCGAACGAGUACGAUAAGGCAUGCACUCAUAUUCUGUGCAGCAAGCCUAAUCGAGGUGAGAAGAUCCUGUCCGGAAUCGCUGCAGGCAAGUGGCUUCUGUGCACUCAAUAUAUCGAUGACAGCUUCAAAGCCGGUUACUUUUUGAAUGAAGAACAAUACGCUUGGGGCAAUCCAAAAGCAAAGGAUCUACCACCGCUUGAGCCGAACGACAAGCAAGUGGCCACCGCAGCGUACAAUUGGCGCCAAAAAAUCGCCUUAGAAGCGGGUAAGCACGACGGAGUGUUCUCCGGUUUCCGGGUGCUGCUGUUGGCCCCGAAGAAGCAGCAGUUUGUACGGUUGCUCAAUUCGGGCGGCGGACUCGUGAUCGAUCAGGAUCCGCCCUUCUGGUCCAGCGAGGCGGCCAUGAUGGCAACUCACUGCUUCGUCGAUGUGAAAAAAUCGAAAAUCAGCCCGUCGGAUCACAAGGCACUGGCCGAGGCCGGUAUUGCCGUAAUGAACAUCAUGUAUUUAAACGCGUAUCUUACAUCGGAAACGCUUCCGGAUCCGGCUAGAUAUCGAUUGGAAAUUUAGAUUAAAAGUUUUUAGGUAAUGUAUAUGCUAUUUUUAAUGUUAUAUUGGGAGUUAAAUAUUUUUCUUGAUAUUGAAAUGCAAAAUUUGUUAGGACAUAGAAAAGAAUGCCUGGAGAUUUUUGUCGAAAUUUACCGUGCAGACUCUGCAAAAUUAGCAGAAACGUUAAAAACAUCCAAAAAAAUAUUUAAAAACGAAACACAAUAUUGUAUAUAUCACACGUUGAGUUCAACUUUUUUUUCAAGCAUUACAUGGUGACAUGGGGUAGAUGCUUUGUUACUGUAUAGAGACACGCGUAGAGAAUAAACGAAAAUCUGGCUUUAGGGGCCGUACACUAA